CGUGCACUCCUGGCCAUGAACGGCUCGCUGCCGGGCUCCGGGGGCGGCUGGCAGCCCGAGUCCGUCAUCAUCCCACUCGUGUACCUCGUCAUCUUCCUCGUGGGCACGGUGGGCAACAGCCUGGUCCUGGCCGUGCUGCUGCGCAAUGGGCAGGUGAAGAACACGACCAACCUCUUCAUCCUCAACCUGGGGGUGGCCGACCUCUGCUUCAUCCUCUUCUGCGUCCCCUUCCAAGCCACCAUCUACACCCUGGAGGGAUGGGUGUUCGGGCCCUUCAUGUGCAAGGCCGUCCACUUCUUCAUCUACCUCACCAUGUAUGCCAGCAGCUUCACCCUGGCCACCGUGUCCCUCGACAGGUAUUUGGCCAUACGAUACCCCCUGCACUCCAGGGAGCUGAGGACACCCAGGAACGCCCUCCUGGCCAUUUGUCUCAUCUGGGGGCUCUCCUUCAUCUUCUCGGGCCCUUACCUCAGCUACUACCAGGAGUUCCAGCUGGCCAACCUGACCGUCUGCCACCCCAUCUGGGAGAUCUCCCAGCGCAAGGUCAUGGACAUCUGCACCUUCAUCUUCAGCUACAUCAUCCCCGUGCUCAUCCUGAGCCUCACUUACGUGCGGACUAUUCGCUACCUGUGGCAGUCCGUGGACCCUCUCCAAGACAUGUCGGAGUCCAAGAAGGCCAAGAGGAAGGUCACCAGGAUGAUCAUCAUUGUUGCCGUCCUGUUCUGCCUCUGCUGGCUGCCCCAUCACCUGGUCAUCCUCUGCAUGUGGUUCGGGUACUUCCCCCUCAACCACUCCACGUACGUGCUCCGCAUCCUCUCGCACGUCAUCUCCUACGCCAACUCCUGCGUGAACCCCAUCGUCUACGCCCUGGUCUCCAAACACUUCCGCAAGGGCUUCAAGAAGAUCUUCAGCUGCCUCCUGCACAAGAAGGCAGCGCACAAGGUGCACGUGGCCCAGGCCGCCAACACGGUCAGCACGCUGGAGGUGGAGCUCAGUGAGGUGACCCAGCUGAGCGAAGCCCUGCCCGGCCGCUCCGCCGCGCGCUGCAGGGUCCCCGCACAGCCCUGGGCGCAGGCAGAGCUGGUGGGACAGCAGCAGAGAGCAGAUGGCUCCUCCACCACCUUCAGCUAGCAGAGCU